GCAGGUUUCUGUCUGAUGGAUCGAACAGAACAAAAUUAACAUGAGAUGCCUACGUAACACACGUUGCCAGCAAUUGUACUAAAUAACUUCACUGGUGAACCAGUUGCUCAGGUACCCUGCCUGUCUUUGUUGCUAUGGGAGACUGGAAGACUAUUACUGUGCCGGUACUGUCAUCAGAUAGCGAAAACAUUUUUCAGUAUACCUCAGGAAAAAAGAUAUCUCCCCCAGGCAUGAACUCACAAGUGCUACGCCUGCCACUGCCUUCAUCCAAAAGCAUGCACAGCUUUUUCAGUGCCUUCUGCACAGAAGAGAAUAUUGAACAGAGUGUAUCCUAUCUUGAUAGGGAAUUGACAACAUUGGGCUUUCCUUCUAUUUAUGUGGAAUCCAAAGGAAAGGAAUUAAAUUUAAUAUCUAUCAUAAAUUGCAUGAAUGAGUUGCUUGUACUGCAGCACAAGAACCUUCGAGCUCAGGAAGAAGUAGAAAUGCAGCAUCUGAAACUGGGUAGUGAUAUGGAUCACUUACAGAACUGCUACGCUAAAUUAAAGGAACAGUUGGAAUUAUCUAAAAGGGAAAUAGUUGGACUUCAGGAAAGAGACAGACAACUGCAAAGCAAGAACAGAAAUUUGCACCAGUUACUUAAAAAUGAGAAGGAUGAAGUACAGAAGCUACAGAACAUAAUUUCAAGUAGAGCUACACAGUAUAAUCAUGAUAUGAAGAGGAAGGAGCGAGAAUAUAACAAAUUAAAGGAACGCUUACAUCAAUUAGUCAUGAACAAAAAGGACAAAAAGAUAGCUAUGGAAGUUCUAAAUUACGUUGGUAGAGCUGAUGGGAAGAGAGGUGCAUGGAGGACUGAUAAGACAGAAGCCAGAAAUGAAGAAGAAAUGUACAAAGUUCUGUUAAGUGAUUAUGAACAACGCCAAAAACAGCUUUUAGUGGAAAAUGCUGAGCUGAAAAAAGUUCUUCAGCAAAUGAAGAAAGAGAUUAUUUCACUUCUCCCACCACAGAAACAGAAACCUAAAGAAAGAUGUGAAGAUGGGCCAGUGCUGUCAGACCUAGAGGAAGAUACCGGAGAGCUAAGUAAAGAGAAUAUGUGGGAACUGUCGUGUGAAACUGUGCGAGAGCAGCUUACCAACAGCAUUAGAAAACAAUGGAGAAUGUUGAAAAAUCACGUUGAAAAGCUGGAUAACCAAGUGUCCCGUGUACAUUCAGGAGCUUUGAAUGGAAAAGAUGUCAUUUCGAGAGAAGACCAUGAGCUGGAAACUGAAAAGCUAGAGUUAGAGAUUCAGCAAUGUAAGGAAAUGAUCAAAACUCAGCAACAGCUCUUACAGCAACAGCUUAUGUCUCCAUGUGAUGAUGACACCACUCUGUUACUACAGGACUGCUAUUUGUUGGAAGAAAGAGAGCGUCUUCAGGAAGAAUGGGGACUAUUUCGAGAACAAAAAAAGAAUUUUGAGAAGGAAAGAAGAAGUUUUACAGAAGCUGCUAUUAGAUUAGGACUUGAGAGAAAGGCAUUUGAAGAAGAUAGAGGAGCGUGGCUGAAGCAACAGUUCUUAAGUAUGUCUACUGAUUACAAGUGCUCUGAAAAUGUGACAACUCCAAGUGCCUUCUUAGGAAGUUCUGACCAAGACAACCGGUUAGUGAAAUCGACACCUCAGCAAAGAAAACUUCACUGUAUGUUGAGUGGUCCUGUUUCAGCAGAACCUUGCCAGACAUCUCAGUAUAUUACACGUGACAGUUCCAGUGCUGCAUCAGAAAAACCUGCUGGAGAUAGCAAGCCAAAUCAGUGGGAGGAAAGUGACCACGAAGGAACGGAUUAAUGCACAGUGUCAUGGGAAGACUCUGGAGCUGGCACUCUGUUACGUAGAGACUUGAGCGUAGAACGACUGCCUUAGACUUCCUAGGGUUGCCUGCUGGGUUUUUUGUUAGAGAUUUGUUCAUAAACUUACCAUUCUCAAGCAAAACAGAAUGCUGUGAGUUUGAUUCUUCUAGAGGAUUAUGUGGUGGUCUGAAUUGUGGUGUGUGUAUGUAUGUGCGUGCACAUGGCUU